GUGUGCUGCAAAGAUGCAAGGGUAUGCCGCUGCCGUUCGAGAACAGCUUUUGCUUUCGCAUGAGCUGGUUGGACCAGAGACCUCCGUUCACGAACUCAAGUCUCGGUGAGGGGAAUGCCCUCUUCGAAGGUUUAAGCGACUGGUAUUCCGAGGCUCAGCCGGUUCCGGGAGAGGAGCUCCCUUUUCUCUACAUCCGCACUGCCGCAUCGACAGCUCCUGACGAAGCUUUGGAGCCCUACCCAGUCCGCUCCAUGCUGGUUGCAUCCAAAGAAGGUGGAGCCCCCGGUGGAGCCAGAAGACUGGACUUCGCGCUGCUAACUUUGGCGAGGGCACUGCGGCGGCAGCGCUUUCCAAAGCUGGAAGAGUCCUCACCCGGGGCGGCGGCGGCGCUGGCACUAGUGCGACAAUCGCUGAAGGCAGCGCUUCGGAAGGACCUGGAAGACAUGUCGGCCAACGUCGCAGACUCCCUUCAGCUGGCGCCCAGCUAUUG